CUGCCUCAUCAUCAAUCAUCAUCAUCCACUCAUUGCUUUGGAGACUCUUUUUGUUCAUCUAAGCUGAGUGAUAAGAGAAAACGAAACUAAAGAAACGUAUGAUGAUGAUGACAAUGAAGGCCUCAGCAUCAAUUUGUAGUAGUAGUUUUAUCUUCUACUCAGCUUCUUCUCACACAACACAAAAAUCUCUCAACUCACCUUUUCAUGUCAAAUCCAUGGCUACUCCCAAACCCCUUCCUUCUGUCUCUAGAACCGUAGGUUCUAAAAAGAGUUCAACUGUAUUCCCACUUGGUGAACAACCUAGGAGUGCUACAACAUCCACACCACCCAUUAAACUCCUCACAAGAAUGGAGCAACUCAAACUAUUAACAAAAGCAGAGAAAGCAGGGUUGUUAUCAGCAGCAGAGAAAUUUGGAUUAUCUCUUUCAACAAUAGAGAAACUUGGACUCCUCUCAAAAGCAGAAGAACUUGGUGUGUUGUCUGCUGCUACUGAUCCAACAACACCAGGGUCACUUUUCACACUCAGCUUUGUUUUACUUCUUUUAGGACCUUUGUUUGUUUACCUUGUUCCUGAAGACAACUUUGGAGAAGUUGGAUUGCAGGUUGUGGUUGCUUUGUUCAGUGUUGUUGGUGGUUCUGCUGGUUUUGCUGCAUCAAGUUUUGUAUCCAACUUGCAGAAAAUAAAAUAAAUUUGAUGUUAUCUUUUUCUUUUUGAACCAUCUUGGUCCAAGGGAAAUGACUCUGGUAAUACGUAGUUUGAUUGAGAGAUAAGUAAAAUCUGACAAAUAAUUGUGAUAGUAAAGAUUUGAUUUUCUUUGAUUUCUCUCUUUCGAUUUCUUAUAUAUAUAUAUAUUAGUUAUUUGUUAUCUUAUUGUAUUAUGAUAUGAAGGGAGAAUAAAUAAUGAAUGAUUUCAUUAAGUGA